AAAAAGUACACAUGCGCAACCAGCCGUCCAUCGACACACACACAUGCAUGCACAGCCAGAUGCGCCACUACAUCAGUGAGCACGCGCCAAGGCACAGACCCAAGCGCACGCGCACCAACACAAUGGAAUGAACGGCUGCGCAUGCGUGAGCGGUCAACCACACGCGCAGUCUGCGGAGCAAAGAUCUCUGUUAGCGACAGGUCCAUAAAAUAUAAAACUUCUACAGAUUCAACACAUCAUAUUGCAAG